AUGAACUCAACGCGAUCCUGGGCUAUCACCGAUAACCAUCAUGCCAAUUAUCCCGGAUGGCUCGGCCACAGCGAACAGCUCAUCUGGCUGGAAGCCAUGAAUAAUGGGUACGCUCGCUUUGUUGUUAGGGAUGGUCGUCUUCGAAGUGCCCAGUACAUUGUGGGAACUGUUCCUGGCCCAGUCCAGAAUCUCAAAGUGGGAUCUCUUGCAUUGAGGGAGGACUGUGACGAUGAUCUGUCUUUCGCAGUUGUUGGCCAAGCUAAUACAGAUGGAACACUUUUCAAUCCUGAUGAUAAGGUUAGUGCACAUGAUCCCCGCUAUCCACAAACUACAUUCCCUGGGCGGGGUGCUCAUCGCCCCAAGAGUGUCAUUUGGUUCGGAGGACUGGUGCGCCCAUCACAAGCUACGGAGUCUCAAUAUACGAUGACACCUUUGACGAACUUAAUGAAAUACUUCAAUUUCGGAGAGCUCGAGUCAGAUGGAUCUUUUGACGGCGAUUCUCUGGACUUUAUCAAUGGUAAUUACAAUAUUUUAUUUGUCGCCAAAGACCCUCGGUCCGAUCAAUCCACACAUACAGCCUCGUCAUGCUACCUUUGUCCCAUGACCAAUUGGACUGGAUCCCCUCCAACAGAUCAAUACUACCAUGCUUGGCGAUACCAUGGGUUGGGAGGUUACAUCUCCUCUCCCACUGUAAAUGCGGGCGGGACCGUAGCCCUCUUGUGCAAGAAGAAGGAUGGAGACGCCGCCGACAAGAAUCGAAUUGUACUGGUGACGAAUUUCCAGACUGGGGAAAGCAAAGAGUUCUUUGCGUCCGCUGAUGGCACGGGAGAAUGGAAUCUCAGCCCGUCGUCAGGUUCAUUUGUCUUCAACGGAUCCCUCCUGGUCUAG